ACAAGGUGUCGUUCGUAAUCUAACGGGCCAGUUUAAAGUCUUCUAGUAAAACUGCGCUUGUUCGCCUGAAAGCGUUCAUCACCUUGCCGAAAUCACACCGGACUUUAGGUACAAGUGCUUUCCAUGUUGUUAUGCAUGUAAACUUAAAAAUACAGACACUUACAAGCGUUAGGAAGAAACUGCACUUAGCGCUCAUCAUUUAAGCAAAAUCGCAGCAGACGUAAGUUAAAAGCAUUCUGUUAUUAUUGGGUUUUAAACAAUUAUAAUGGUAUGCACAUCGACUGCUCCAGCGAUCUUGUUGCUGAUUGUUGUCACCGUGACAGGAAUGUUAGCUGAAAGGAGUGACAGAGAGCCGAGGCAAGUGUACCGACCACAGACGUCUGGAUAUCAUUAUGGUAAAAGCUGCUACCAGUGUUCUUUCGGACCACGCGUCAAAUUUCACAAAGAAUUUGGCAGAAUAUACUACGAUGAACAAGGGCACGAAGAUCCAUAUUCCCGCCGUAACAACGGUAUCCAUAGCUAUGAGCAUCACGUGAGGGGAGGUCUGACGCAAUUUCCGGGAUGGGUGCCAUGUCGGGGGCCAUUCUCGCAUUACGACGCAGAGGCGUAUGGGAUCAAUGUUUGGGCAUGCAGCAGUAACUGUUACAUCAGGAUGGACAAAAAUGGACAUAUUUACCGCGGGUGUUAUCAAGGCGAGUGGAAAGUGGAUCCGUACCGUCUUGGCUGCCACAAACAAACUGACUCCCUCUGGUGUUUUUGUGAGGGCGACAGAUGCAACAAUGGACCGCUACCGGGAGUCAGAUACGAACCUCGAUAUUAGUAGAAUAUUUUUCGUACACAUUUACUGGUAUUUAUAAUAAUUUGUUUUAACCUCACCAAAGUUCCGUCUUUUGCUCUUAAAGGAAUGAAGACUGAAGGCAAAUAUUGAAAUGAAUAUAUCGUCAUUUAUUGCAAAAAAAAAAAAAAAAAUGGAUUCACUGUACGCACCAGUAUACCUGAAUUUAAGAAUGGUACGAGCGUAAUUAAAAAGCGAGGGAUAUUGAAAGAACGUCGAAACAAGAUUAGAACAUGUGUACCCCUCAUUUUCUAUAAGGUACAGCCGAGAAUGACUGUGCAUAACAGAUAUCUCUGAUGAAGCAAGAUUGUUGCAUUAAAAUGGCCAAAAUAUCAUUUUCCAACAAAAAUCAGGACAUAAUACUUACUUUAUCACAAUUGUUGCAGUAACAGUAUCUUAUCUGAGAGACCAUUUAUGUUCAUGGAAUUGAAAUUAUACGUAACCGCAUUGUUAUAAGCACUGUGUGUUACUUAUUAAACUGUUAUUCAAUUUCUUAGCAAACUGGCGAAAUAAAAUCCUGUGUUCCUUAGUAUUACGAGUGUAUCACCAUGGCAAUAUGUUGCCUUGAUU